AACCUGCAACGAAAUAAGAAAUUUCGCAAUCAGACUUUUUUGAUUUUGCCCAUUUUCAACAAGAUCGGAGGAAGCGACGGCGAAAAUGGAGGAACGAAACGACGACGGAGCUGGUGCCGGCGAGAGAAGUUUGUUCGAUGGAUCGGAUCAUUGGUGGUGGGCAAUGGGAAGUGGAGCUCAAAUCAUGUGGGGAGUGAGAUUGAUUCGGAGAGGUUACGCCGGCGACAUUCGAUUAAUGCCUCUCAAAGCCUUUGGAGUCGCAUCGCUUUUCGUCGGCUCGUUAGCCACCAGCUCCGUCGCAGUAGUCCGCGCCACAGGGAUCCACACGGUUCAAGAUGCGAUUGAUCUUGGAGCUAGCAUUAGAACUAAUUUGGGGGUUACUCCUCAAAUCCCGGAUAAGCAAAUCACCGAGAGAGACGGAUGAUUUUAUUGUCAUGAACUGAUCGAGCGAUCUUGAAGCUCUGUUCUGUCGGAUUCACUAGCAGACGAUCAUGGAAUAGGUCUUUUGGUAUGAUGUUUAUAUAGAUAGACGAAAUUUAGUUCGUCUUUGUCUGAAUCUUGGACAAGGGUUUUGAGUUCAUAAAAUAUCUUGGAUGGCACUAAUGUUGUUAUAUGUUGUGUGCUGUCCUAGUUUCCUUUCUUGAGAUCAAAGUUUUUAAACGGGAAACCUUGGCCUUUUUUUUCAAUAAA